AUGCCCAAAGUAGUUGCGGGGUUUCUUGGUGAGAUGCCUAGUACUGGCUUCAAUGUGGUAGGAUUCAAUUGGCUGUCGUCGCCGGCCGCAACUGAACUUGAGAGCAUUGUACUGGAUUGGCUUGGAGAGAUGCUUGCCCUUCCUAAAUCUUCUCUCUUUCUGGAACUGGUGGAGGAGUUAUAUAAGGAACUACUUGUGAAGCCAUUUUGUGCACCCUGGCGGCUGCAAGAGAUCAAAUUUUGUAGAGAUCCACAAAGAGAAUGUUCGAGCCAUAGAAACGACUAUGUCAUUGUCAUUUUCCCUAUCGCCAAGUUCAUUAGAAUUAGCCAUUUGCUUAGACAUAGAAGCUGGGCUGCUGCAACCACAGCAGUGGAUCCGCUGAAACCAUUAUGCCAUGUUGCCAAUCGCUAUGGAUUAUGGGGGCAUGUCGAUGCUGCGUAUGUCGGUAGCGCCAGCAUUGUCCAGAAUCCAAACGCUCUUGCGAAGUCUCUCACGACAAAUCCAGAGUAUAUUAUGAGGAUCGACGCUGCUAAUUCAGAAAAAGUAGUGGACUACAAAGACUGGCAGAUAGCCCUCAGAAGAAGAUUCCGAUCCAUGAAACUAUGGCUUGUCUUAAGGAGUUAUGGUGCCGCUAACCUUAGAAGCUUCCUAAGAAGCCAUGUCAAAAUGGCUCGGGUUUUUGAAGACCUUGUAGGCAGUGAUAAGAGAUUUGAAGUUAUGGUUCCUAGAAAUUUUGCAUUGGUAUGUGUUCUAGGGCGUUGCCUUUAG